AUGCCGGGCGUCGUCGAGGUGCCGGCGGCGCCACAAUUCCGACGCGAAUUCAAUGUUGGGCAACAAAAAGUCGCCCUUGAGAUCGACUUUGCGAACAAAAGUGUCAAGGGAAGCACGGAAAUCACGGUCUAUCCAAGCCGAGGAGACUUGCGCCUCAUUCACUUGAACUUCCGACAAGGCGAGAUUAAGCGACUUACAGUCAACGGCAAGGCGGCGACGUCGAAAUACGUCGACCCUUACGAGAAUCUCCAUCUCUAUGGGCCCCAGUACCAUGAGCGCCUCACGCGUAAAGUUGACGGGCUACUGAAGAUUCCACCGGAGCCACAAGUCGAGAUCCUCAUUCCGAAAAACGUCCACAUUAAAGAAUUAGACGCGCGGUCUACCGAGGCACGUGAACGGGUUGCUUUACAGAGCACAGGGGACGAUGUUGAUGGACCGGGCGGAAGUAAGCCGCCAGAGAGUAACCUUCCUCAAUUCUCUGCUCUUACAGUUCACAUCGAGUUUGUAAUCGAUCGCAUUCGGGAUGGGAUGCAGUUCGUGGGUGUCGACAGUGGGGAUCGCCGCUACCCCCAUGCUUUCACAACAAACUCUCAAGAAUCUAGUGUUGGCUGCCCACUUUUCCCAUGUGUGGACGAUCCUACGUCCCGUUGUGCUUGGGAAAUCUCGAUUUCAUGCCCUGCCUCGUUAGGUGACCUGUUUGAGCGCAAGGCCACUGGCUCUAUUUCACGGCCCAAAGCCAACAGCAGAUAUAUCUCCGCCGACGACGGAGCUUUGGAUAUGUCUGUUGUGUGUUCGGGUGAAUUGACAGACGACAUCACGGAUCCAAAGGACCCGACGCGGAAGACUGUGUCCUUUGCUUGUUAUAAUCCAUUAUCUCCACGGCAGAUUGGGUUCGCGGUUGGACCUUUCGAGUACGUCAAUUUAGCGGAUUUCCGCGAGAGCGAUCAAGACGAGCAAUUGGGUCAGAAUGCGAUUCCUGUCCACGCAUUUUGUCUUCCAGGCCGAGCAGACGAAGUUCAAAACACCGGGUUCCCCAUGGCACAAGCCAUUGACUUCUUCUCUCUGUCCUACGGGUCGUACCCUUUCUCCAGCUACAAAAUGUGUUUUGUAGACGAUGUGGCGACAGAGACCCUUCCGUCUGCUGGAAUGAGUAUAUGCAGCAGUCAUCUUCUCUUCCCCAGUGAGAUCAUUGAUCCAAUGUACGAUGCCACACGCUCGCUCGUUCAUGCCAUGGCUUGCCAAUGGAGCGGAAUCAACAUCAUACCAAAUGAACCUGCGGACACAUGGGUUACUGUCGGGGUUGCGUGGUUCAUCACUGAUACUUUCAUGAAAAAGCUGUGUGGAACCAACGAAUAUCGAUAUCGGCUCAAGCAAAUGUCCGAUCGAAUAUGCGAGCUCGACUACGAGCGACCGUCGAUCUAUGACAUGGGCAACUUCUUGAAGAUUGACCCAUCAGAGUAUCGAUUUAUUGCCCUGAAAGCUCCCUUGGUUCUUUUCAUUCUUGACCGACGCCUGACAAAAGCAAGCGGAAAAGCAACAAUGUCACGAAUUAUCUCUCGGCUGUUCCUCAACUCACGAAUGGGGGACAUUCCCAAUGGCGCUGUGACAUCUGCCAUGUUUCAAAGGCUAUGUGAAAGAUUUGGUCACGCCAAAUUGGAUGUCUUUUUCCAGCAGUGGGUGUACGGCGCAGGCUGUCCACGAUUUCAAGCGACUCAAAGAUUCAACAAGAAAAAGCUGGUGGUAGAGAUGAUGAUUCGCCAGGUUCAGUCUGAUCAAACGGCUGCCCGUGAUCUUGAUAAGGAUGCAUUUCUGCGGGAUGUCAAGGAGGAGAUCCGGCACGUCUACGCCGGGCCGAUCCAACCUGUCUUCACUGGCUCUAUGACUAUCAGAAUUCAUGAAGCUGACGGUACUCCAUACGAGCACAUUGUCGAAAUCAAAGAGGGGGUCACAAAAUUUGAUAUCCCAUACAACACCAAGUACAAGCGGCUCAAGCGCAACAAAAAACAAAGGGAGCGCGCAGUGGCUUCCGGGGACGCAGAGACGCAAGAAGACGUUCUCUUGUACUGCCUUGGUGAUGUCCUCCAGACGGAAGAGGAAACUCAGGCGUGGCGUCUCGCUGACUGGACGAAAGAGGACGAAGAGCGCAUGGGACAGGAGUCGUACGAGUGGAUUCGGAUGGAUGCGGACUUUGAGUGGAUUUGCAGGUUGGCACUCGGGAUGCCAGGGUACAUGUACCUGUCCCAGCUUCAGCAAGAUAGAGACGUCGUCGCUCAGCUUGAAUCUCUCCAGUACAUGGCAGCGCAGCGGGAGCAUCCCUUGAUCUCCACUAUCUUCGCUCGCACGCUCAUGGAUAGCCGAUAUUUCCACGGAAUUCGUGUCACGGCGGCAAAGGCGCUCGUGAAACAUGCCAAAGACGAGGUCGACUGGAUUGGAUUGCACCACCUUGAGAAAGCUUUCCAGGAGCUUUUCUGCUUACCUGGAUCUCCUAUGACACGUUCAAAUGAUUUCUCAGAUCGUGCAGCCUACAUUCUUCAACAGGUUAUCCCUGACGUGAUUUCCCAAGUUCGCGACAACGGCGGCAAGACGCCGCUUCGGGUCAAAAGGUUCUUAUUCGACAAGUUGAAGUUCAACGACAACUCGAAUAAUGAGUACUCUGAUAAUUUCUAUGUCGCGUCUCUCAUGCACUCGCUCUGUCAUGCUUUGCUUGGGAGAAAUGAGUCUCGACCCGAAGACGAGCUGUCUCAUUUUGACAUGGAGCGCGUCAUGGAAGCGCAAGCUGAAGAGCAGCUCGAAAAGGAUGCAAUUGCUGAGUUUGAUCGCUACCGCCGCAUGGAUGAAUGGUCAAGUUCGUUCCAGAAUCUCUAUUCUCGAGCUGCUUUGCAGUGUCACUUGAGGUUGAUGCAAGCCAACGUCCUUGAGCUAGACUUGAUGAGAUUUAUUCCUUAUACUCGCUCUGGAACGUACGACUUGCUCCGCGUACAGGCGUUCGAGUGUCUGGUUGAUCUCGACAUCGCACAGCAUCCAGACUUAUUUCGCUGGCUGAUUUCAGACGGAGGCUUGAUCAUUGAGCAAGAGUCAUCUACAGAUGUCCGUCAAGCCGAUUUGGCUCGUCGACAGACAGUGCCUGGCGCCAUAGAGGCUUUGAAGAGGGAGAUUGCCACGGAGCCUUCUUUGCGCGAGUACAUGUGGGCUGCGUGCAACUCUACCUCCCUCGGGAUUCACGAGCUUUCCGAGCUCACGGACAUUUGUGGCGUCCUCUUUGAUGCAGUUACUUCGAAGCCUGUUAAGUUGAGGUAUCCUCGAUUCUGGAAGGUCCAAAACAUGGGCCGCGGCCAGCUGCGCUUUUACCGGUCGAGCCAAUUCCGUACCAGCAUAGGUCCACCGAAGGACAGUGCUAAGCGCAAGCGGGACGAGCAAGGCAUGCAGCCUCCCGCCCCACGUAUUACUUUCAAACACUCCAAGACAGCUCUGACUCCCAGCACCCCGUCAACUCCCUCGGUUCUGCCGAGAAUUUCGAUCCCGAACAGCGUGCCUCGGCCAUCUGCGACUACGCCAAUGUCUGCCACUCCAUCAACACCGGCCAGCGGUGGAGGGUUCAAGUUGAAGCUGAAGUUUGGGCAGAAAAAGUAG